GAGGUGGCAGCAAGAGUCUUGGGCUUGGAAAAUGAAUACAAGGUUAAACUCUCACUUCUUCAAAUGGAACUUAAGGAAGAAAUGGAGCUCUUAAAAAUAGAAAAUAGAAAUUUGCACGAGAAGUUGCAGCAUGAAAUCCAUCUGAGAGAGGACGCAGAGAAAGCAAAAUGUAGUUUCAUUCAAGACCAUCAGGAAGAAGUAAAGAAAUCUAAGGAGAAGAUUCAGUUGAUGAAACAAGAAUUCAAAGGAAAAGAAGAGGAAUGGAAAGCUAUACGAGAGGACCUAAAGUUAAAAGCUGAAGAGAAGUUAACACUAAUGUUACUUGAACUGAGAGAAAAAACUGAGUCUGAGAAACAGGCAAUAAUAGAUAAGUUUGAGCUGCGAGAGACUGAAAUGAGGCAGCUUCAGGGAGAGCAGGCAGCCCAGAUCCUGGAGCUGGCUAAGUCUCUGGCAGAACAGCAAGGCCGCCUGCAGCAGUUGGAGCUGGGAGCAGCUGGGGAUGAGCCUCCUCGGUGCAGCCAGUGUGGCCCUGUAACUGAGUCCUGGGAGCGCACCGUGCUGCGCCUGAAGGAGGACUGUGCCCUCCAGCUGAUGCUGGCCCAGAAUAGGUUUUUGACAGAGCGUAAAGAAUUAACGGAGAAAUUGGCCUCAGAGCACGAAGCUGCCCUGCAUGCGCUCCGGGAGAAGCACGCAGGUGAGCUCCAGCUCCUCGAGGACAGUCACGGACAACACAUUGUGUCCUUGAGGGCCGAGCUGCAGGCGGAGCACCAGGCCGAGAUGGGUGCACUGAAGGCUGCGCUGGAGAGUGAGCAGUGGACACUCUUAGAGACCCAUGUGGCUGAAUUGCAGACCAGACAGGUCACAGAACUCAGCACCCUGCAGGUGAAGCACCUGUCAAACCUGGACUCCUUGAAAUCCUCCUACCUGUCUGAGAUCCAGACCCUACGGGAUGAGCACAGACAAGUCCUAAAAGAGCUCCAAGGGGACUUAGAGGAGCAGCUGAGGAAAAAGGAUUCUUUCCACCAGAUGGUUCUAACCCAGGAGCUAGAGAAACUUAAACUGAAGCAUGACGAAGAGCUUCAGGCCACAAAGGACAGCCUGAGAAUCGAAAUGAGUGCUACACACAUUGAGAACCUCAAAGCUAUGGCAGCUGAGCUUCAGCGUGCGCAUCAGUCAGAAUUUGAAAGUGAAAAGAAAGUGACUUUACAUGAAAAUGAGCAAGCACAGCCUCCUUCCCAAAAAGAGGAAGUGUCCCUGUCUCUGCAGCUCCAGGAGAAAGAGCAUCACAUUCAGCAGCUAAAAGAGCAAAUUACAGUCUUAAGUAAGGAAGUUGAAGAAUGUCAUUUGGACCUGGAGAGACUACAUCAGACACGUGAACGGGAAAAUCAGGAAGGCACAAAUCUCAUAUCUAUGCUGAAGUCAGAUGUAGAUUCAUCUCACAAUGAAAGAAAUGCACUCCAGGAUUCCCUGAGAAGGCUUUUGAGCUUGUUUGGAGAAACGCUGAGGGCUGCAAUUGCCAUGAGGAAUCAGAUCAGUGAGCGUGUGGGGCUCUGUCUGGAUGAUAUAGGUGCCACCAGUCACUCUGGGUCUGUCCGUUCUGCAGCUCCUGCACUGGAUGAGACGCUUUCUGGACUUAGCACAGCUCCACUUGAUCCUGACGGGACACUGCUUGAGUCUGCAGAGGCAUCGACAGUGACUGAGAUCAGCAGUCAUGUGCGCGAGAGCUUCUUUAUGUGCCCAGAAGCCACACUGGAGUAUGAGCAGCCAGUCAGGAAGGUCUACCAGAGCCUCAGAAUGGCCGUCAACAAUCUCCUAGAAAUGGCCCUGGACUCCAGCAAACAGCUGGAAGAAGCACGCCAAAUUCAUUCUUAUUUUGAGAAAGAAUUUAAUUCUAAAAAUGAGGAGACUGCACAGGUCAUCAGGAAGCAGAACGAGCUGCUGGAGUGCCUCAGUGAGGAGAGUGCAGCGGCGGCCAGGCUCACCCGGGAGCUCCACACUGCCCAGGGCCUCAUUGAGGGGUUCAAAGAAGAGAGGGCAGAGCUUCAGGCAGCACUGAACCAAAAGGAGCAGUCUGAGGAGUCCCUAGUCUUGGAGUUGGAACAACUGAAACAGCGGCUCCUGGUGGCAGCCCACGAGCAAGCGCGGCUAAAAGAGGAGUGCACCACUCUGCAGAGCCAAAAGGAGGCGCUAGCAGCUGACGCCCAGGAGAGAGAAUCUGGUCUCCAGAAAGAGGUGGAAUGUCUAACAAAGGAGCAGUUGGAGACUAGGAAACAGUCUGAGAAGGACCAAGCUGCUCUUCUGUCCCAGCUGCGGGUCCUGGAGUCCGAGUUAGAGGAACAAGUGUCCCAGCACCAGGCGUGUGCACAGCACGUGGAGGAGGUUGCUGCCCUGAAGCAGCAGAUGGCUUCUCUGGACAAGCACCUGCGCAGCCAGCGGCAGUUCAUGGAUGAGCAAGCUGCAGAGCGGGAGCAUGAGCGUGACGAGUUCCAGCAGGAGAUCCAGAGGCUGGAGGAGCAGCUGCGCCAGGUAGCCCGGCCCCAGGCCACCAGUGCCCCGGACAGCCCUAUUGAAUUAUUACAAGAAAAGUUAAGAGAAAAGUCAGACAGAUUUAAUGAGCUAGCCGUGAAGAAUGAGUUGGCUGACAGACGGCUGGCAGUGCAGCAGGAGGAGAUCCAGCGCCUGGAGGUGGCAGUUGCUGAGGCUGGCAGGAGGGUCACCCAGCUCCAGGAAGAACUGGAGAUACAGAGGAAAAUUGGGGACGAGCUACGGCAGGAUAAAGAAUUGUUAAAAAAACAGCAGAUGGAUCACUUGUUUCUCGUGUCCACGCUGCAAACUGAAUUAGAGGAAGUUAAGUGUCGUGUGCCUCCUCCAAACGUCCCUUCCCGAGAUACAGAAGCACAGCCAGAGGUGGCGCCAGAAGUACUCCUGCAGCAUGAGAGAGAGGCAAGUGCAGGGUGCCAGGCACUGUCGCCCAGGGGCCCAGGCUCAUGUGUGAGCAUGAUGAACCAGGACCCGGUUUUGGACUUAAAAGAACAGCUAGAAGAAGCUAAAGAUAAUUUAGCAAAUAAAAAUGAAGAAAUACUACAUCUGACCUUAAAAUUAGAUGUACAGGCCCACCACUCUGCCACCAGCCUCAGGGAGCUUCAAGAGGAGAAUGCCCACUUGAAGGCUGUAUGUAACAGAAGUCCUGAAGUGGAAGAGCUAAAAUUCAUUAUUGAAAACUUGCAAGAGAACCAAGCUCGGCUGCAGAAAGAGAAGGCAGAGGAAAUUGAGCAGCUCCAUGAGGUCAUAGAGAGACUGCAGAAGGAACUCUCUUCUGGGGGACCCAUGGCCCCUGAACUCAACAUCCGUCCAGCAGAAAGCCUUCAGACCGAGCUGGAACAAGGGCUUCUGGAUGUCCAUGAGGUGGCCACUAAGGACCCUAAGGGGCCAGGUCCUCAUGUAUGGGUGCUCCAAGAGGAGCUGGAAGCAGCGCUAGUGGGCAAGGCAGCCCUGGGCCAAUUGCUGGAGGAACGGGAGCGCGGGCACCGCCAGGCCUUGGAGGCACUGGGGCAGAGCCUGCGGGCCGCCGAGGAUGCUGCUGCCCGCCAGCUAGCUGGGCUGAAACACAGUUUGGCCCUCAAGGAAUCCACAGUGGAGGCACUGGCCUCCCGCCUAGCAGAAUUUGAGGGUACUCUGAAAGAAAAGGAUGCAGUGAUUUCAGAGAAAGAGCUAGAAAUCAAUGCAAUGAGCAUGCAGAGAGCAGCCCGCCUGGCCGAGCUGAAGGCUGUGCUGGCAGCUGUGUCUGGGUUCCGGCGUGCCCUGGAGCGGCAGCCUUGGACUGAGGCAGCUGAGCCCCCAGAGCUACAGGUGCUGCAGGCACAGUGUGCACACCUCGGCCGCCAGCUGCAGACUCUGAGCCAGCGGUUCUUGCGAUGCCAGCGAGAGCCAGGCCUGCACCCAGUUCAUGGGGAGGGUGAUGCCCGGUGCAGAGCUUCCAGGAGUGAGGUGACUGUUGAAACAGUGCACGGUGAUGAUUCAGACCGGGACUCGGGCAGAAGGCCCACACCCGCAGUGCCCCACGGCCAAGAGUCACAUAUCCUGGAGAAGGACCAGCAGCAGCCAGCCUCCAGCUUUAAGGCUUUGGAAGGUGCAGGUCCACUGGGAAAGGACAGUGUGAUGUCAGUACUGACUGACUGCCAGAGGCAGCUGGCAUCUGAGCUCCUCCUGGUACGGGAUGAGGUGCGCCUGAGCAGAGAGGACCACCGAGGUAGACUGCAACGACGAGGCAAGGGUAAAGAAAAACCACUGGAACAUUAUCAGCUGGCAAAAGUAGACCUUUUAACUCAGGUGAAAGAAUUUCAGGAGAGAUUGGGUCAUCUGGUCCAUUCUAUGACCGCCCAGGACCAGGAAAAAAUGGAACUUCAAGGCUCUCCACCUUCUUCAAAAGCUAGUUUGCAGAACAACUCUGAACGUGUAGAGCCCUUCAAGAGCACAUUGCAGGCGAUAGACCUGUCCUCCUGGGGCUCCCCUGAGGUUGUCAGAAAGGACUCAAGCCUGGACCCCCCACCUAGCCUGCCCCUGACUCCCUGCCCAGAUACAGCAGGCCUGCACAGCCUCAGCUCCUCAAUUCUCCAGGUGGACGACUCUGGCCUCCUUUGUUAUCCAGUGCCCACAGCCAAGGACAAGGCCCUGCUCUGGGCGGGGUAUCCUCUUGCUGUGGACACGCCUCUCUCCACUGACCACCACCAUGUAGAGAGGACAGCUGCGGAGAAAGAUGUUGAAGAUUUUAUCAUAACGUCUUUUGGUUCUCAAGAAAACUUAAGAUCAUCUCCUCUCAGGAUAGAAGGAAAAAGUGAUGAAAGUGAAAAAAGUGAUGGCUCAGGCUUUGGGGACAUUUUAAACGAAGGUCCAGAGAGAAUUGAAACUCCCACUGUUAGUCCUACAGCUUCUCCUCAGAAGUCUGCAAAGUCUCAGCUGCUCCCAGAAACAAUGAAGGAGAGAGAAGUGUGUGCACAGCAGGUGCAGGCACUGCUGAAGAUGGUAUGUGAUGAGAGCCGGCACAUCUUGGCCCUUUCUGAAUACCAGAGCUCCCCCAGCAUACUGGGCAGGGGUGAGCCAUGUGCUGCCCCAGAGCGUGUGCUGGCAGAGGGACUGGGCCUGAUGGAGGCAGUGCCGAUCCCACUCGGAGCACCCCAGAAGGGACAAAAGGAUUCUUCUGACAUAUGUGUAGACUGGAGAGGAGUAUUCCUGCGGGCUGUACAGAAUGCAUUUGAGAAGGAGCAGCGUACACUGGGUGUCGAACUGCAAUCCAGGCUGGGUAGCUGCAAGCCCAGGAACAGCACUUCCCUGCUCAGCCGGCUGGAGAAUGUUGUCCAGGAGCAGGGAGUCCUCCAGGAGCCAUCCGAGGAGUCAUUUUGUCUCUCUGACCGGAGCAGCCUGCUGUCUGAGAUCCAGGCUCUGCGUGCCCAGCUGCGCAUGACACACCUACAGAAUCAGGAAAAGCUGCAGCAGCUCUGUGCAGCACUCACCAGUGCAGAGGCCCGAGGGAGCCACCAGGAGCACCAGCUGCGCAGGCAAGUUGAAUUACUAGCCUAUAAGGUUGAGCAGGAGAAAUGCAUAGCCAACGGCUUACAGAAAACACUCAGCGAGGAGCAAGAGAAAGCGUCUAGUGUUCGGAAGCUGCUUGUUUUGGAGCAAAAUGCAGUCAAAGAUCUAAAAUCCGAGCUCUGCGAGUGUAAGCAGGAAAACGAACGGCUGCUCAAGUCCCUGAAUGACGUGCAGAAGGAGGUCCUCCAGCUGAGGUCCAUGCUGGAUAGCAAGGAGAAAGACCUGGAGGCCACACGCAAGGAGCUGGAGGCCAGAUGUAGAAAGGAGCACGCCCUGCAGAGCCAGCUGGAGGAAGAGCAGCUGCAGCACCUGCAGAAGGAGGGCCAGAGCUCCCGGGCCCUGGAGGAAUUGCGAGCAUCUUUAGACAAGCAGCAUGCUCAGAAUAAUAGAUUGCGUGUGGCGUUGAAACAUGAGCAGACGGCAAAGGACAACCUCCACAAGGAGUUGCAGAUCGAGUGCUCACGCUGCGAAGCACUGCUGGCGCAGGAGCGCAGCAAGCUUAGUGAGCUGCAGAAGAGCAUGGAGGUGGAGCAGGGCCGCUCACGGGAGCUCUCAGAGGCCCUGGCCCACGAGCGCCUGCUGACAGAGCAGCUGAGCCAGCGGGUGCAGGAGGCCUCGCUACCCCAGGCCCUGCUCCAGAAGCUUGGGAUGGAGCAGGCCCGCGUAGCAGAGCUUCAGGCGCUGCUGGAGCGCACACAGCAGCAGGCGGUGCAUGCUCAGCAGCAGCUGGAAGCAGAGGUGCAGUUGCGCAGCGAGGCACUCAAGCGAGAGAAGGAUGUAAGUUCCAGCCUGGAGGCGGCCGUGAAGGCUCUGCAGACCCAGAAGCAGGAGCUGAGUUACUCUCUUCAGAAGGAGAGGGAGAAGCCCGCACAGUUACAGGCAGAAUUAGAGCAGUUACAGGAGAGAUUGAGAGAGCAAGAUGCACACAAGGACAGGAUGAGGAAGAGAGCGGAGCCAAGGCAGAGCCAUGCAGACACAGAGAAGUGGAAGAAGUGGCAGAGAGACAAGGAGAGACUGCGGGAAUUAGAAUUACAGCGACAGCGUGAUGAACAUAAAAUUGAGCAGCUUCAACGGACAGUGAGGGACCUAAAAUCGAAAGAAGACUUGCGUCCUGUUGGGGGCUUUGGUCUGAAUUCACUCCACAGUACUGGCCACGCAGAAGGACGCCUCCCAUUAGAGCUCAGCCAUCUCCGUGAGCAGGAAGAAGAGCUAGAGAAGACACGGCAACAGCUGCUGUGUGCAGCAGGGCUUCUGUCCAGCUUCAUCCGCCAGGCCAUGAAUAGAACAAUUAAUGACUGGACAUCAUCAAAUGAGAAAACAGUGACCUCAUUGCUGCAGACACUGGAAGAAUUAAAAACUGACCUCCGGGCCUCUGCCUCUUCUCAGAAAAAAACAGCUGCACAGCUACAAAUGCAACUUGUGGACGUUUUGCUGAAAGACAAUGAUUCUCUUACAAAAGUACUCAACACAGUGACCCAGGAGAAAGCAGAGUUAUGCAAGGCAGUGUCCAAGCUUGAAAAGGUUCUGAAGCAUCAUCUUCAAAAGGGCUGCACCUUAAAUAAGCCGAGCCGGACAGCGUGGAAACAUGAAAGGACAGCUCUGCAAGGCUCACUGAAGCACACAGACCCAGGGCCAGGGGCACCAGCUGGCAGUGAAGAUGGUUACACCUGCAGCAUCAAAGUGGAAAAAUUGUACCUGCAUUACUUGAGAGCAGAGAGUUUUAGAAAAGCCUUGAUUUAUCAGAAGAAGUAUCUCUUGCUGCUGAUUGGUGGAUUCCAGGAUUCUGAGCAAGAGACCCUUUCAAUGAUUGCUCAUUUAGGAGUAUUUCCUUCCAAAGCAGAUAAGAAAGCCAUGACAUCGCGUCCCUUUACCAGAUUCCGAACUGCUGUCAGGGUGGUUAUUGCCAUCUUAAGAUUACGUUUUCUGGUUAAGAAAUGGCAAGAAGUGGACCGGAAAGGAGCUCUACCACAAAGCAAAGCCGUCCGCUCAGGUAAGAGAUCCAUUUCAUCUUCAAGUUUAAGAUCAGAAAGGUCCCUGGAUGCUUCCCAAGACCCAGAACAGUCCUUAACAGAAUAUAUUCAUCAUUUAGAAAUGAUCCAGCAAAGACUCGGGGGUAUUCCACCAGAUUCCACUUCCAAAAAAUCCUGCCAUCAGAAGACGCACACACGUUCACCAGCGGAGGCUGCCGCCCCGCCCGCCCUUCCUGCUCACGCGCGCUCCCGGCUAGAGCCGGUGGCUCAGGAGCGCGCGGGGCGGCUCCGGGAGGAGGUGCGCUCGUGCUCGCCUCGCCGGUGCAGGAGCUGCCCGAGCCGCGCCCCUCCCGUCGCCGCCGCCUCCCGCUCUGGGGCUGGACGGAUGCGGCGCUCCCGGCUGAAGGGUGCAACGUAG